UGGAGGAAACCAAGCUCAAGGCGAUGGCGAUCGAGGGGCAGAAGCAGCUGGAAAUCGCAGUGCAAUCGGCGCACCAGAUCCUCAACUCUCUCAAUGAGGUUCUUAGCAAUCCGGCGCUCUGGGAAGGCGGCGGCAAGGAAGAGGCCGGAUGGGCGGCGGUGGACGAUGCGCGGCAGAAAUACAAGGCGGCGACGACUGCCCUGAGAGGAAUCGUCGCUGCGAUCUUCAACCAUCCUCAGAUGAUGAGCUUGGAUGUGGAUUCCACUGUGGAGAAGGCAGUGGAUCAAGCGGAGAUUGAUAGGCUCCAGAAGCAAACGGUGGAGCUUCGAGAGGAGAUUGUAAGGAAGAACGAUGUUCUCAAGCAACUCAUCACACAAAUGAGGGAACUUGUUAGAGACAUUUCAAUGUGGCAAACACCACCACCCUCCUAAAAAAUUCCACACCCGUGGAGAAAUCCAGAGGUAUUUGACUGUAGCAAACCUUUGUGAUUUCUAAUGUACAGACGCAGUGGACAUGAGAUCAAUGAGGCUUUUGGUGCACUUUGGCGUGGAUGCUGUGUUUCGCGACUCCUGCUCGCGCCGCAGCCCAGCUCCGAACCUCUACAAUGUCAUCGUCUCGACGCCCUAGAGGGUGACCAGCUAGAUACGUUUCCCACCGACGCCGCAACCAUCAUUUUUCAAUCCGAAUAUUGUAACACGUAUUGCACGAACGCGCAAACGGGUUGCCUAAUCUGCAUGAAAUUAUGGAUACAGAAGAGAGGCGGCAUGAGCAAAAUACAGAGCUUGCAGUUAUGUCCAAUCUCGGUGCGCUUGUCUCUGCAGUUGUCAACGAGGUGAUUGGGCUUGCCCAAGUCUGCUCUUCAUUGCAGCCUCAUGUUAAACACCAUCUUGUUUCAAUCUCUCUGCACUUAUGAUGAUGAUGGUAAUGAUAUGAUAAUGUUUAGAUGGCA